UGAAGAUAUUUCGUAGCUUCGCACACAUGUUAAACAUGGGUUUUUCCACGUCGGUUGGGGUUUUUGUUGUUAUUUUCUGGAUAAAACACGCAGAAUCUCAAUAUCCUUUACUAAGAACGAACGCAACACCAGUUGUGGAGGAAACACAGGCAGAUGACUCACCAUUCCCAGGCUGGGCAAUUGCAAGUAUAGCUAUUGUCGGAAUGAUGGGACUUGUUGCCUGUUCGGUCAAACUUCUACAAGAAAUACGUUGCCACACGGAUAACCAAAGCAAAUCCCACAUGAGAAGCCCUGGGCCAAAAUCAGACACGUCCGGUGUUCCCAGAUCACCAAGACAAACGACACAUUCCGACCAUGAUAGUAGCCAGAAUUACUCGCAAUUAACCAACCAUCAGACAUAUUCGACACAAGGCCCAGGUCAAGAAAACACUCCAUAUUUGCAACUUACGCCUCAUGGCCUUGAACGUCAUGAUCACGUUUGGCAGCUGACCUUGGAUCAAUCCGGCGCUGAAAGUUGGUCUGUCAGGCUUUAACACUUACUAAAUUAAAGUGAACCGCUAAUUAGAGUGAACCGCUAAUUAAAGUGAACCGCUGAUUAAAGUGAACCGCUAAUUAAAGUGAACCGCCUUAAUAUCAGGUGACCUAUUGAUACAGCUGCGUGAUGCUCAAACGCAUGUUUUCACCGUUAUUUGAAAUUGUUGCGAUCUACUGGAAUGAUUUUUGAAAAUGUAUAUAGUUGUUAUUUUUUAUACAUACGUGGAUUCGUUGUAUAUUUGUCGAGCAUAUGUAUGCAAACAAACAUAUAACCAACCUUGCUAGUUUAUAUAUUUUUUGUUAUGGGUCGUGCUUAGUGAAAAGGGGGUUUAAUGAAUGUGCGUAAAGUGUCGUCCCAGAUUAACCUGUGCAGUUCGCAAUAGCUAAUCAGGGAUGACACUUUUCGCCUAAACUGCAUUUUUACUAAAAAGAUACUUUCUUUAAACGAAAAUAUCAUAAAAGCGGAAAAUGUCGUCCUGAAAAGACUGUGCGGACUUCACAGGCUUAUCUGGGACGACACUUUACGCACGUGCAUUAAACCCCCUUUUCACAGAGCACGGUCCAAUACAUAAAUACAAUGAAGUGUCGUCCACGAUUAGCAUUAUGGAUAUUUCCGUUCAAACAUAGUCCCGUUUAACAAAAAUGUAGUCUGCAUAAAAAGUGUCGUUCCUGAUUAGCCUGUGUGGAAUGCACAGGCUAAUAUGUGACGACAAUUACGCACAAACAAUUGUACUUUUAGCCCUGUUACCACACAACGAGGUACAAUAGAUAAUGUGUCAAUGAAAUUCAAUAAACAAAAAAUACCGUU